AUGACGGCGGCUUCUAUGAAGCUGAAUGUGAAGAAAGUAAAAUCUGAGUUUAAUCAUAAACCCGCAUCCAAACAGACCCCGAAUCCGGCAACGUCUUGGGCAGGACGGCUCCAAGGUUCUCCGUUACAGCAUCACUCUGUUACUGUGGGAAGGAAACCUCUUGUAUGUGUUCUUGGACUGCCAAGCCACAUGACAUAUGCAGAUUUUUAUCAGUUUUGUGCUUCAUUUGGUCAAAAUAUAUCGGAGAUGCGCAUUGUUAGGAUUAAUGGGAUGAAGCAUCAAUACAGUAUUUUGUUAAGAUUUGAUAGCCAAGGCUCUACAGAUAAAUUCUAUCAGCAUUUCAACGGUAGAAAAUUUAAUUCUCUGGAGGAAGGGGCUUGCCGUGUGCAUUUUACAGCUGACAUACAAAAUACUUCUGACAUACUUCAUCUUGGUACAAAGCCUGCUCCUGCUAGCUCGCUGGCUUCAUGUCCAGUUUGUCAUGAGGGAUUAGACCAAGGCACAAGUGGAAUUCUUAAAACUAUCUGCAAUCAUUCUUUCCAUUGCUCUUGUAUUUCAAGAUGGACAGAUUCUUCUUGUCCUGUUUGCAGAUAUUGCCAGCAGCAGCCUGAAAAAUCAAUAUGUUUUGUUUGUCAAACCUCUGAGAACCUCUGGAUGUGUGUUAUAUGCGGUUUUGUAGGCUGUGGGAGGUAUGAAGAAGGGCAUGCUAGAACUCACUGGGAGGAAAAACCAAAGCACUGCUAUUUUGUUAAUUUGAAAAAACAGAGUCUUUGGAAUUAUGCUUGCGGCAAUUAUGUUUACAGAGUAAUUCGAUCAAAAACUGAUGUAAAGCUGGUUGAGUUGAAUUCCCAUUGUUUGCAUGCUGAAGAUAAUUUCAGAAGCCAUGGUUGUGAUUCUGAAGCUGGUGACGCUCUUUUAAACUGCCCCGUUAAAGCGGUAAAUGCUAACAGGCAUAAUAAAACCCUGGCCACCUGGCUUAAGAAGCAAGAAUUAUAUUAUGACGGCUUGGUACAAGAAAUCAAAGAAGAAACUGAAAAAUUGACUUCUGAAGCUGUUAAUAAGGCUAUCUCUGAAAAACUGCAGAAGAUACAAUCCAAGUUGGAUAGAUGUGUUGAAGAGAAGAAAUUGCUUGAGUGGUUCAAUGAGAAUCUUUUGGAAAAUCAAGAGAUAUGGAAAGCAAAGAUAGUGGAAGUUGAAGAGAGGGAAAAUAAGGCUUUGAGAGUGAAGGAUGAUAGAACACUGGAGUUGGAAAAGAAGCUUGCACAAUUGAUGGCAGAUCUUGAAGCAGAGAAGACGCCGGAGCAAUUAUCAAUAUCAAAUGAAAUUGAGGAUGGUACUAUCUUGCCAAUAUCGGUUGAGCCUUCUACGAGUAAUGGUGCCAAGGUAGGAAAGAAAAAAAGGUCAAAAAGCAAGCGAAGAGGUGGGAGAUAAGAGAAUGCACGGUCUUUCUUGUUUGGGAGGCGCUAGGUUCUGGACAUCCAGUGGUCAGCUUAGCUUUUAUCCUUUUCGCUGAUUUGCGAGCAUUUAUAUGACAUGAAGAUUGCUGAGUUUAUGUGGAUUGGGAUUGGAAGACAUGGCUGAUUAAUGAAGAGAAGACAAUAUGGGAAAAAUUAAUGGAGUUUGGUUUUAAUUUAUAUGAAGGUUUAGAUGCAUUAAUUGAGUGAUGGCUUUUAUCAGAAUGAGAACAAGAAUUAACAACAUGCUUGACCAUAUAAUUUUAAAUUAGAAGAACGAUGGAAAAAAGUUAAUGUGUGAUUGGAAUCUCUGGCAUUUUUCACACGGCUAAGAAUCAUUUAAACAAUGAAAAGAAUCCACACAACACAAAGGGGGCGUUUGGUUG